AUGAAUAUUACAGCUAUUAUAUACCCAAUUAUCAUAUGGUCCCAUCUUACAUUAUAUAAUCACUACAAUAUAAAAAUUAAUAUACAUGUUUCAUUUUUGAGAAUACGAGACUUACAAAAUAAAAUGAAUGAUAUUCAAGAUGGGCCUCUUUAUACAGGAAUGAUGAUUGGUGGGAGACAUGUUGGAAUUGAACAUGCUCUUGAUGUUGGUGAUAUGUCACAAAUUCCUUCUUGCACUUUUUAUGAAACUCAAGCAUAUACUUGUAAUCCAUCUGGAACAGUCAUCAAUCCCUGUCACUAUUGCAGAACUGAAGUCGUCUAUACAGUAUCAUCUGCAAAAUGCCCAGGAGACCAUUCAUUUCCUCCUAGUUUAGCUCCGCUUUAUAUGUGGAUUUUAAAACCUUAUAACAUAAAAAAGCAUUUUGGGAAACAAUAUUUAUGUGCAGUGGAACCUAAUCCAAGUGCAAAAUUUGCCUCUCUAACAUCUUCAGCGCCUGUUAUGACCUCUUCAGAUGUUGCACUAACACUCCCUCAGGAGGUCCAGAAUCAUCCUACUCAAUCUUUAACCCAAACAAGUCAAGACAAUAUAAUGAUCAUUGCAAUAGUAAUAGUUGUAAUAUUAUUAUUUCUCUGUGGUCUAGGAGUUUACUUAUCUUAA